AUGGCAAUGCUAAUGGUGCUGCUGAUGGUGAUGAUGAUGAUGAAAAUAAUGAAGAUGAUGACAGUGAUGACCAUGAUGAGGCAGUUGAGGAAGCUAAGGUGGAGGUUAAAGUGGUGGAAGAGAAGGAAGAGGAGAAAGAAGAAGAGCAGGAGGAUGAUGAGGAAGAGUGUGAUAGCAAAGCAGUGGAGGACCCUACAGAUGAGGACAGCUCAGCAUCGUUCCUUCAUUCACUUUCAGAGACAUCUAUCAAUGAGGGGUUGGACGAAUCCUUCUGUUUUCAAGACGAUACGGAUGACUCAUUAGAUUCUGCCUCCUAUAAUGGGGAGGAAGACGAACGUCUAUACAGCACUGAGAGGCAUGCACAAUCAGUAGAACCCACACCAAUGGAUGCACUUGAUCCAACUGACAUCCAAACAGAACCUGAACAGGGAUCUACCACUGGAACAGGUCAAACUGAAACUUUGCACACACAGCUGAGCACAGACAAACUAGUGGAUCAUACCGAAACCACCUGUCUUUCUGAAGCGAUUGCUGCCAACCCCUCAGAUGACAAUAUAAAACCCAAACUUCUGGAUGAACCUAAACCCUGUGAAUCUCAGUCAGACCCUGAACUAGAACCUAUCAGUGAAAUAGGAAAACCUUUGCACAUCCAAGUGAGCACAGAUGAACCAGUGGAUCACCAGAAACUACCAUGUCCUUCAGGCGCAACUUCGUGUCAACCAGAGUUCUCCAGAAACCUGAACAACAGUAGGAGUGAGAGUGAGAUGAUAGACAUCUCUGGUUCUUUUAAUCCUCUUGAGGAGCCUAAAGACAGUCCCCACAUCAGCCCUUCUCCCACUCCCAUUGUCAUUCAUGCUCCUCCUGACCCUGCUGCUGAGUUACACACUUCUCGUCCUCCUGCCCCUUCCACACAGGAAAUGACAGAUCCUAACAGUUCAGUUCUUCGGGAAGAAUUGUCUGAAGAAAAUCCCCAGCUGAAAGAUACUGAUUUGAAACAGAGCAAUGAUUAUUCAGGGGAAAAAUCCACAGAAGAACCAGAAAGGGACUCUUUCAAACUGCUCAUCAAGCCUCGUCAUUGUCAGCCAGAAAGCCACAGGACUGUUGGAGCCACUAGACUUGUAUUAUCAAAGUCUUUCUCCAAUAAAUCUGAUGUGUCUGGAAGGGCAGAGGCCAUGUGUAGGUCUAGUAUACCCAGGGAGUCUGACAUUGAGCUUGACCAGAGGAAUGGGAAUUCCUCAGCUGAGUCCAUGAGUGUGGAGUGUAGAAGUACUGAUUCUGGUCCCUCUCUUGAUAUAGCCACCGCCACCAAUGACUUGAAUAAAGGUGUUCUCCUUCUUUCCUGCCCUAAAGAUCCUAGUCCCAACCCCAGUAAUAUCCCUGUAUCUGUCUCUCCAGAGAUCAUCUCAGAACUUGCUGACAAUCUGGCCCUGACCCCUGAACACUGCCCUGGUGACUCUGCCCAGGAGAACCUGAGGGAAAACACCCUGAAUACUGAUGAGGGGGUGCUGGGAGCUGUUGGAUCUCCACACUCCCCCCUUGCCAUUUCACCCAAAAGGGAAAACUCAGAAACAGACACCAGCAGAGAACUGGGUCCUGGAGCUGGGGCAUGGUGUGAUGACAGGAUGGGGCUUGGGUUAGGUCAAGAAUUAGGUUCAGGGGCUGAGUUUGGUGUCUGGGGAGCAGGAGAGUCGCUUUCCCUAUCUCUGGGGAAAAGGUAUGAGUUAGAGGCAGAGAGUCUGCUCAUGUGUGACACAGCGGGCCAAAGCUCACAGACGGCUGUGGUUCCCAACAUGAGCAGUGAAGUAUAUAAAAAUUAUGACAAUGAUCUUGGUUCUGUUCUGGAUGAGGAAGAUAACAACAGUCUGUGUGGAAAGAGGGACCGGAUGGCAGAUGAAGAAUUGGUAGAAGAGGGAGCUUCUGAGUCCAACUUGGCCUGUUGGAAGUCUAUUGAGGAGAUCUCAGAGGCAGGGGGAGGAGAGGAUGGGAGCUCCAGAUUCCCAGAGGACGAUGUUAGUAAUCUAAAUUCAGACAAUGAUGGAGAUAACACAGACACAAAAAUAGAAGACACUUGGAAGAAUUCUAACAAUAACAAUGACUCUGCAUUUGACUCAUUGGAAGUAGCCAUGUGUGGAAGUCUGAAUGCUCUAUCAGAGGAAGUGAGACCCCAGAGUGUGAGUGUCAGUGUUAGAGAAUCUGUGUCUAAUAUUCCACUUGAAGAGAUGCCACCUCAGGCUUCUGACGCUAUGGCUGAUGAAAAGCAAGAGUCAACAGACAGCUCCAUAAACCAGACAUCGGACACAACACAGGCACCAUCCCCAAAGGGAGGUGUCUGUAGCAUCUCAGUGCCAUUAGUUGAAACUCACAUGGACCCAGCUGCAACAGAUGAACAUUUCGGUUCACCAGAUAGGUCAAGAUGUCAUACUCGUCCAGAGUGUCAGACAAACACCCCAGAGAGUAAUACAGCAUUUUCUUUACUGCAUGGAUCCUUUGGUUCCUUUACUCCUAAAUGUAAGUCUAAUGUAUCAAGACCAAGUAGAGCUUGUCAAGACAAGGUGGAAAAUACUGGUUCUCUGUCAGAACCAGAGACUGUGAAACCUCAGACUGAAAGCCAAAAAAAAGAUGAUGUGACUGAAAGACUUGGUGAUGAACCAAAGACUAAAGAUGCCUUCAGAGGACAGCCGUGUGUUGUUUGUAACUCAGGGGAAGGGGAUGAGGGAGAAAAAGUGGAAGAGAACGUGAAAGAGAGAGGUGAAGAAAAUGAUAAGGAGAACAAAAAGGAAAGAAAAACCUCUCCUAUACAAAAUAGCCCAGAGCACUUUGCAUGUCACACCCCUAAGGGGGAAGUUUGCACAGAUAAACCAAUUGCUGCUAAGAAAGGAAGGAGAGGGAGGCAGAACAAACACAGGGCAUCCCAAAGAGGCAGUCAUUCUGACUCCAGCCCUGAAUCUGUUGAUGAGCCAAAGAAUGGUGAUCCAUUAAAUACCACAGAAGAUGGAUGGUCAAAGGGGGUCGCAGACAAUACUAAAACUAAGACAGGUCAAAAGGCAAACAACCAAGCGUCAUCAUUCGACUGUCAACAAAGGACAUCUGGGACAGACAAACCAGAAUCUAGUUCAAAGAUGCAGGGGAAUAACAGUCCCAGUCCUGAUGCCAAAAGUCCUAGCCAUGGAUACUGCAAUUCAACCACACAAAGCCCAGACAAUCUCAAUGCUGUGGUGGCAUUGAACCAAGAAUUACAACAGAUACAGGAAGUGCUUGAAGACAGACCACUAUUGGAUAGUCAGAGAGGAAUCACAGUAGACAUUAAUGACAACAACAUAGAUACUGGCCACAGCCCAUUUACCCAGGAUACCAUAUCAUGCUCUAUGACUCCACUUCCUUCAUCAUCAUCUCCUGAUUCCUCCCCUUUACCUUGUGCAUCAAAAGAGCCAGAGGAUGAUCUUUCCACACCUGUGCAGGAAUCCCAACCUGUCCCCUCAGCCCAGAAACAGUCUUCACUAUCCAUGUGCCACACCACUCCUACCGUUUGCUCUACCUCCCCCAAAACACAACAAGACCCCGAUUCCAAAUCUCUUCCUAACAACAACCCCGAAGAGGUCUCUGUUGUCCUUUCGACAUCUGCCACAAGUGUCUCUCCACCCUCAUUUUCCACUGCCAUGCCAUUAAGCCUGUCCCAGCCUACCCAGGAAUCUUCUUCACCUGGGUCAGGGACUCAAGAUUCAACAUGUGUUCCAGACUCUGUUUCCUGUCCCAAGUCUAAGUCUUAUUCAGAGUCUCAGCCGAAUCUUAACACCCAGUCUCACAAACAAAUUAAGCAAGGUCGCACAUGGAGCACACAAGACAGAUGCAGAGGUGCCAGUUUGGCUGAGGAUGAGACAGACAGUGAGGAUGAUGGUGGACUGCCUCGAAAUGGUAACAGAUCCCAGCCUAGAGGAGUCGCAGGAAACAGAAAUGGACUGUUGCAGAAUGAGUCUGGUCCAUCCAACCAACGGGAAAUACAGCCUUUCUCUGCCAACCAAAUAACCGACAGACACGCGGGCUGUCCAAUCAACCACAGCCACAAGAUUUCCGAAGAGAUUGACCUAUCCUUCAAGAACAAUUGUUCCAUAUUGGCUUCCUGUAAUGAGUCUGAGAGUGAGGGGUCAGUGCCUGAGCUAGAGGAGCCAGAACCACUGAGACCAUCAGAGCCCCAGUCUCUCUCCUCAGCAGAUGAAGGGCUGAACAGACCGAAACAGAGCCGCAGUGAGAAGAAAGCUCGCAAGGCCAUGUCUAAACUGGGUCUAAAGCCGGUCCAUGGUGUGACCAGAAUUACCAUUAGGAAGUCCAAGAGUAUCUUGUUUGUCAUCAGCAGACCAGAUGUAUUCAAAAGCCCUGCAUCCGACAUUUACAUUGUAUUUGGAGAGGCAAAGAUUGAGGACCUAUCUCAGCAGGCUCACAAAGCAGCUGCAGAGAAAUUCAAGGUACCUGUGACCUCUUCUCCCUUGGCCCCACCUGUCCCGCCCAGCCUCACCAUAAAGGAAGAGAGCGAAGAGGAGGAAGAGGAGGUGGAUGAGGGAGGUCUUGAGCAGAGAGACAUUGAGCUGGUGAUGGCCCAGGCCAAUGUGUCACGAGCCAAGGCCGUCCGUGCACUGAAACACAACAAGAAUGACAUUGUGAAUGCUAUCAUGGAGCUGACCAUGUGAGUGGAGGACAAUUUGAAUCCUGAUCCCCUUCUUCCAGCCUAUAAUGCCUAAAUGCCACUGACUCUUCUGUAUCGCUGCUACUGUAUGUUGCAUCCCCAAUACCUGCUAAAUAAAGUCCGU